CCGCCCGGCUGGUUUUGGGCUGUCAGCAGCUGUCCGGCGCUGGGCAUGGAGCGUGUGCGGGGAGCUGGGGCCGUGCUGGCGGUGCUGGUGGUGCUGGGAGCCCCCCCGGCUGCGGGCGAGGAGCUGUCGGGGGUGUUCCAGCUAAUGACAAAGUCCGAGUGUCACUUCAUCAACGGCACCGAGUGGGUGAGGCUCGUGAAGAGGUACAUCUACAACCGGGAGCAGUAUGCCCAGCUCAAGAUCGAUUUGGGGACCUAUGUGGAGGACACCCUGUUUGGGGAGAAGGUUGCCAGGGAAUGGAACUACCUCCCGGAAUGGCGGGAGCUCAGAUGGUCUGAGAUGGAAAGGUUCUGCCGGCACAACUACGAAUUAUCCACCAAACUCCUGGUGAACCGCAGAGUGCCCCCCAGUGUGUCCAUCUCGCUGGUGCCGUCGAGCUCCCAGCCCGGCCCCGGCCGCCUGCUCUGCUCUGUGAUGGAUUUCUACCCUGCGCCGGUGCAGGUGAGGUGGUUCCAGGAUGGGCAGGAGCUGCCAGAGGACGUGUUUUCCACCGACGUGGUCCCCACCGGGGACUGGAGCUACCAGGUGCUGGUGCUGCUGGAAAUCCCCCCCCGGCGCGGGGUCACCUACAGCUGCCAGGUGGAGCACGUCAGCCUGGAGCACCCCCUCAGCCGGCACUGGGAGAUGCCACCGGACACCGUCCGCAGCAAGAUCCUGGUGGGGGUCGGGGGCUUCGUCUUGGGCUUGGUCUUCCUGGCGCUGGGGCUCGGCUUCUACCUGCGGGAGAAGAGCUCCUGAGCCGCCGGCGGCCGCAGCCCCUCCCCGUGGCCUCGGGCCCAGCCGGGACCCCCCAAACCCUGCGCUCAUUUGGGGGGGUCGCCUGUCCCCCCCUUCCCUCCAUUUCUUCCCACACUAACCAGCUGUUCCCAGUGUUCCCAGUAAAGCUUCUCAGUGCUCUGCA